AUGACCAAGUUUGGCGACGUCGCCCGGUUUGUAGUGUCCAUCAUCAAACGCGACUAUGCGCCCAACUACGCUGCCAUUCCUCACCAUGGUCGCUGGCAGCAUUUCGAAGUCGGUGGCCGGCCGCGCAUUGACCAGCUCAUGGCAUCCUGGCCCUCGACAGUCGACAACCAGGAGCGAGCCCGCCGCUUGAUCGAUCUGUUUCUCGUCUCAGUGCUCCUGGACGCGGGCGCUGGCACAAAGUGGCAGUACAAGAGCAAAGAGACGGGCAAAAUCUACCGCCGUAGCGAGGGUCUUGCGGUGGCGAGUCUGGAAAUGUUCAAGGCAGGUUGCUUCAGCAGCGAUGCGAGGGAGCCAUGCCAGGUCGACAGCGCGGGACUCAGGAGGCUAGAUGUCGGCGUCAUAGCGCGUGGCCUCCAGGUCACCGAAUCAAAUCCCAUUGAUGGCCUCGAGGGACGCACGAACCUGCUGUUGAGGCUCGCUGAUGCGUUGCAACACCAAGAAGUCUUCGGUCUCGAGGCCCGGCCGGGCAACAUGCUGGAUUACCUCCUAUCACAUCCUACCACGCAAGCCUCAUCAGUUCCCAUCGUCCCUCUUCCUACCUUCUGGAACAUGCUCAUGGACACAUUAACACCCAUCUGGCCGGCAAAUCGUACCCAGAUCGACGGCAUCACCAUUGGCGAUGCGUGGCCGUGCUCCGUCAUGCCAUCACAUCCAACUCACCCUUGGGAGAAUAUUGUGCCCUUGCACAAGCUCACACAAUGGCUCACCUACUCACUCAUGGCCCCAAUGACCAAGCUGCUUCAUGUCCACUUUGCUGGUGCAGACCUCCUCACCGGUCUGCCGGAAUAUCGCAACGGUGGCCUCCUCAUCGACACAGGUCUCUUGACCCUCAAACCAGAAGACCAGAAGCGAGGGUUGGCACAAUAUGCGCGUAAUGCCCAACAAACCGGGCAGCCGAGUAUGGAGGUGGUGCCCAUGUUCACAGCGGAUGAUGAUGUGAUUGUAGAGUGGCGCGCAGUCACCGUUGGUUUCCUCGACGAUCUCCUGGUUGACGUGAACAACAUCUUGGGCUUGAGCGGCGGCAACAAGAUAAGUCUGGCGCAAAUGCUGGAGGCGGGCAGUUGGAAGGGUGGCCGAGAGAUUGCAGAAGUGUCGCGUCCCAAUACCAAAGAACCGCCCAUCAUGAUCCUCUCCGACGGAACUGUUUUCUGA